GUGGAAAUAAUUAGUGAAACAUCAAAACGAUCCCGCGCCGAUCGGUAGCGUAGGAAACUGCGAUUCGGUGAUUCUGUGCGAAUGAUGCGACGAGAAAGGAAAAGAAUGAUGACCGACCGGUGAGUGGAGAAAAAAAGUGAGAAAGUGAAUAAUUGAAUAAGAAGAAAAAGGCGGCGGGAGGACGAACGGAGGCUACUUGAUAGGAAAAUGUUGGUGCGCGACGUCGUGAGUGAGAUCAGUUCGCGAAUCGGACUGGGAAUCGUUCCUGGAUGCGAGCAAAACGGCCUCCACAGAGGAAUUGCAAAUUUGGCAGCGCUGAUCCUCGAAGAGGAGGAAACCUCCGGGUCCGCGGAUGAAAGAAGAUUCCAUCUGCAGUCGGCAACGAUUGAAGAAAAUCAUGCGAUAGUCGGUGCCGAAGACAGGAUACCCAUGGUCAGCCAAAACAACGGAAGUCUUCGUAGAAGGGGCUUGAAUAUACGGGGAGCCGAGUCGCCAAACAAUGUGUCAGGCUCCCCGCCGUCAGUGAGCCCUUUAUCGUCUUCGAUGAUAUUGCAGCGCGAGGGUGCUAUCACACAGCCAGCGAGUACCCCAGCCUCGCCUUUAUCCUCUCUUUCCUCCCAGAUAACGCAACUAAAUCUUCCAUCGCCGGAAGACUGUACCCAAGAUCCGAAUUGGCAAGCGACAAAGUCAAGCGUCCGUGAACGCAAUGCUGCCAUGUUCAACAACCAUCUUAUGGCUGAUGUACAGUUCAUCGUUGGAAGUCCGGGACACACUCAACCCAUACCAGCCCACAAAUAUGUAUUAGCGACGGGAAGUUCUGUAUUCUAUGCCAUGUUUUACGGGGGUUUGGCAGAAAAUACAAAAGAUAUCGAAGUACCUGAUGUGGAACCUGCCGCGUUUCUCACUCUACUGAAGUACAUGUACUGCGACGAGAUUCAAUUGGAGGCAGACACGGUCCUGGCUACUUUGUACGUAGCAAAGAAGUACAUUGUCCCCCACCUGGCACGAGCGUGUGUCAAUUAUUUAGAAACCAGUUUAACCGCCAAGAAUGCCUGUCUUCUGUUGAGCCAGUCGCGACUAUUCGAAGAGCCAGACCUUAUGCAACGCUGCUGGGAAGUUAUUGAUGCUCAAGCAGAAAUGGCCCUGAGAUCGGACGGUUUUGUGGAUAUAGACAUCCACACCCUUGAGUCUGUCCUUUCUCGAGAGACCCUAAACUGCAAGGAGACGCACCUAUGGGAUGCAGCUCUCAGAUGGGCUUCCGCUGAAUGCGCUCGCCGCGAACUAGAGGCUACACCCGCUAAUCAGAGACGGUUAUUAGGACCUGCCUUAAAUUUAAUAAGACUCCCGGCAAUGAGCUUAGAGGAGUUUGCUAAUGGUGUAGCACAAACUGGGAUUCUAAACCCACAGGAAACAAUAGACAUUUUUCUCCAUUUCACUGCAAGUAGCAAGCCACAACUUUGUUACCCAAUCAAACCUCGACAAGGGCUGAAGACUCAGGUCUGCCACAGGUUUCAGUCGUGUGCAUACAGAUCUAAUCAAUGGCGCUACAGAGGGAGAUGUGACUCGAUUCAGUUUAGCGUUGAUAAGCGAAUUUUUGUUGUUGGUUUUGGGUUAUACGGAAGUUCAUCAGGAGCAGCGGACUAUAACGUUAAAAUAGAAUUGAAACGAUUGGGCCGUGUAUUAUCGGAGAAUAAUACGAAAUUCUUUUCCGACGGUUCGAGUAAUACUUUUCAUGUGUACUUCGAAAAUCCUAUACAAAUAGAACCUGAGUGUUUUUAUACAGCGAGCGCAAUAUUGGACGGUGGUGAACUGAGCUACUUUGGUCAAGAAGGUAUGUCGGAAGCGACCAUUGGCAGUGUUAAUUUUCAAUUCCAAUGUAGCUCAGAAAGUACAAAUGGAACUGGAGUUCAGGGAGGCCAAAUUCCUGAACUUAUAUUUUACGGACCCCCUACGGAUGAUUGACGCAACUUUAUCCCAGAGACAAUGGUGUAAUUACCCGUUGCAAUAACUGUAUCGGCAAUGUUUCUCAUUAAUGGUUUUACUGCUCCCAUUUCCUAUUGCCACUGCGCUUAGGGGAGCUGUUAAUUAUCGGACAAUGAUAUUACAUCCCAUAUUUAUUAUGUAUAAAAGUUAUUCUCACUUUACUUAUAACAG